CACACCAAAACAGAAGGCAAAGAAAAGAGUUGAGAUGUGUGUACUGUUUCCAUGUUUAUGGAACAGUUGUUGUGGGUAGAUGGGGAUGAAAGAAGGUCAUGGUGAUUGAGGUUUCAUACUUUCAUUUAUGCAUGAAGGGUUUGUACAACCCUUCUAGGGUAAGGGAGGUGACAGAAGAGAGUGAGCACACAUGGUGUUUUCUUGCAUGCUGGGAAUAUUGAUGCUUGAAGCUAUGCGUGCUCACUCUCUGUCUGUCACCCCAUUUUCUCUUUCUCUCUCUCUCUCUCUCUCUGAUUUUGUUUUUUCAUGAUUUAAUUUUGCUUAAUUUAUAUGAUUACUUGCUAACUAGUAGUAAAGGUUGUGUCUUUUAAUAGCAAAAAGUCGUUCCCUUAUUGCUGGAACUGGAAGACAAUCUUAUUUCCAACAACUACUAGAUCUUGGUAUCUUAUACUUCUGUUUGUACUUGUGCAUGUUCCAUCAAUUUCAUGCUAAAGGACAUGCAUGAUUACCAAAAAAAGAAACAGGGAGAUGCAUGAUUUUUGUCUAAUCUGCAGUUUAGCUUUUGCCUUUUAAACACAAAAUGAUCAGAUCCAAGCCUCAAUCAAGGACAAAGCAACAAAACAAACUAAGGUUUCUGCACAAAGUACAAGUAACUUGGAGACGAUCAAGAAAAAAAAAGAAGAAAAGAAAAAAAACACAAGUAACUUGGAUUGAUGUUUAUCAUGGGAAGACAUAUAUGUCCUAAAAAAACUCCUAUUAAAUACCAGUAUAUAUUUUGCAUAUUAAUUUUAAGUAACUUGUGAUGUCGAGAUGCAAUUGCUGUACUUAUGUUAUCUUGCAUGUUAAUUAAGUAAUGAUCUAGAAAGAUCAUCCUUUUGAUCUUAUUUUUGGAGUGCAGUGCUCUGGGUUGAAAUUUUUUUUUUUUUUUUUUGUUCUUAAAAUUCAAUUACAUCUAUGCAUGUUAAUUAACUUCUUUCUUCUUUGAUUACAGUAUCUAUGGAUAUAUAAAAAACAGGACUAAAUAUGCACCCAAGCUAUAAUGAACAUGAAUCUUGGCUACCGGGAGGACGGUUUUGAGGAAUUAAGAAUCUAAAUUCUUAAAAUCCCUUCAAAUUGUCAUAUCCUACUUGGUGCAGACUUGUGUCGAUCAGUCCUCAGAUGGAACUUUUCCCAGAGUUUCUCUUUAAGUUUGCAAAUCCAGAAAUUUGUUUUCUUUCUGAAAUGUAUUUUCUGAGGUUAAAAGAGUUAAUCGUUUUGUUGUAGGAGAAAGACAACAGUAGAAGAAAUCCGUAUACAUGCACUGUCUUUCUUGCAUGAGUUAACAGUAAAUCUGUUGUUGUAUU